CCGCAGUCGGAAGUGACGUCGGCGCGCGGUGUAAACAGUUCGUUGGGACCCUGGUAACGGCGUCCAGUUCGCCGCCUCAGGGGCCGAAAGCGGGACGGAGCGGUCUCCAUCAGAGGCAGCCUUAUUUGCGGGCGUUGUUUGACAUUCCUUUGGUUUCCUUUGAGGCAGUUAAAUCCCCUUUUCUCCGUGAGGCGAGAGCUCGGAGUAGGGGGAGCCCGGCGGGGGCAGCGGGAGGAGGCAGUGCUCGGCUUGGGCUCCCCCUCAGGGCCUUCCAUCCUUCCCUACCUGUCUGUAAUCCCCUUUUUGUCGCCAGACAAAAAAAGAAAAAAGACAGAAAAGCACAAGCCUCCCGGCUCCCCAUUUAUUUCCCCCCGAAAAUUGGAGGCUGCUGGCCUUUCCCCCCUUUCUUCCCUUCCUUCCUGCUCGCCUCUUGCAUAGAAAAAUGAUGCAGAGGGAGCCAGAGUGACAAAGCCAAGGAGAGAGGCGGUGUGUAUGUGUGAAUGCGUGCUCCCGUGCGCGCGCUCCCGCAAGAGAGGAGGUUGGGGGUGAAGAGGUAGGGUGGCCUGCCCCCCUUCUCCCCCUCCUCCGCCUCUCCCCCUCCCCUGCCCCAAGCACCGGCUUCCCAUCUCCCCUCCUCUUUCUCCUUUUCUCCCCCGUUUUUGUGCCAUCCUCGCUGUCCUCUCACAGAACAGUUUUCAGGGUCUCCUCCUCCUCCCCCUCCUUUUUUUUGUGCUGUGGAAGAUGGCGACACCAGGGAUGAGCUGGCAGCAGCAGCACUACUACGGCGCCGGCUCCUCCUCGAGCGGGAGCAAAUUCGCCACCUCUUCUUCUUCCUCGGCCACCACCACUUCCCAGCUUGGUAUGGAAUAUAAUCAGGACCUCCAUCUCAAAAUGAGCAAGAAGAUCGCUCAGCUUACCAAGGUAAUAUAUGCAUUGAACACAAAGAAUGAUGAACAUGAAGCUGCUAUUCAAGCCCUUAAGGAUGCCCAUGAGGAGGAAAUCCAACAAAUUAUUGCAGAAACAAGAGAAAAAAUUCUUCAGUAUAAAGGCAAAGUUUCUGAAGAAGUGGAUCUGAAGAGAAAGAUCCAGGUAUUAGAAGAGUCAUUGGAAGAUCAUAAAAAGAUGAAGCAUCAAGCUUUAACUGAAUUUGAAGCUUAUAAGGAUAGAGUUGAGGAUAUGCAGCUUUGUGCAGAAGCUCAGCAUGUUCAGCGUGUGGUAACUAUGUCACGGGAAGUAGAAGAAAUAAGAAAAAAGUUUGAAGAGAGAUUGAGAAAUUUUAUACAAUUACAAGUACAGUUUGAAAAGGAUAAACGCUCGGCACUUGAAGAACUGAGAGCUGCACACAGACUGGAGGUCCAAGAACUUAUGAAAACCCACCAGAAUCAGAAUGCUACUUUAAGCAAGGGACAGGAAAAGUUAGAAGAAUUGCACAGGCGGGAUGUGGAGGAAUUGAAUGCCAAAGUUGAAGAGCUACGAUUGGAGAGAAAAAAGCUAAUUGAGGAUUAUGAAGGUAAACUCAGUAAAGCUCAGUCUUUUUACGAACAUGAACUUGAUACCAUGAAAAGAUCACAACUGUUUACAGCUGAGAGCCUGAAGUCUUGUAAAGAGAAAGAGAUGGAACUAAGAAGGGAAUUUCAAAGUCAAGAAUCUGUUUUGCGAAAAAACCUAGGGAAGCUUAAGACUGAAUUGCAGAUGGUACAGGAUGAAGCAGGCAGUCUUAGAGAAAAAUGUCAGAAGCUUCAAGUAGCACUAAGUACAGCCGAAAACAAUGUACAGGCACUUCAAAAACAACUAGAUGACGUCAAAGAAGAGGAAAUGUCAUUGUUAAGCAAACACAAGGAGGUAGAAAGUGAGCUAGCAGCUGCUAGAGAACGCUUACAGCAACAGGCCACAGAUCUUGUACUAAAAGCCAGUCACAUUGGAAUGCUUCAAGCUACUCAAAUGACCCAGGAAGUUACAAUAAGGGAUUUGGAAUCAGAAAAAUCUAGAUUAAAAGAAAAACUGUCCCAGUUGGAAGAAGAAAGAAAUCUUUUACAAAGCAAAACACAAAGCCUAGAUGAGAGACAAAGACAGCAAAUUUUUGCACUAGAAAAGAAAGUCAAUGAAGCAAGAGAAACACAACGAGAGUAUUAUGAGAAGGAGCUGAUAAAACUUCAAGCAAGACUGGAAGGGGAGGCUGCGCAUCUGAAUGAGGCUCAUUCAAAGACCUUGGAGGAGUUGGCAUGGAAACAUCAUACUGCUCUUGAGGCAGCACAUGCCAAUAGUAACAAGGAGAAAAAGAAACUACAAAUGGAGCUAGAGCAGCAGUUUGAAAAAGAAAAGCAACAAUUUGAAGGUGAGAAGAAUCAGCUUCGACAACAGUUAGAAAAUCUGAAGGAAGAAUUGAUGACCAAAAUGACUUCAUCCCAUCAGGAGAUGAACCGUCUACAAGACCUAGUAAGAAAAAGUGAACAAGGUCUUGGUACAGCAGAAGGACACAUCUCCAGUCUUCAAGAAACCCAAGAAAUACUACAGAAAGAACUGGAAUUAACCAGAGCAAGACUGAGGGAGACCACAGAUUCUCUGUAUAAUGUCGAGGGAGAAUUAGACCAGGAAAGACAACAGCAUGAGACAAUGAUUGCAGCCAUGAGAGAAGAGGAGAAAUUCAAAGUUGAUAGAAUGGCCCGUGAUCUGGAAAUAAAAUGGACAGAGAAUCUUCGGCAAGAAUGUUCUAAACUUCGAGAAGAGUUGAGGCUUCAACAUGAGGAAGAUAAAAAGUCAGCAAUGACACAAUUGUUACAACUAAAGGAGAGGGAAAAAAAUGCUGCCAGAGACAGCUGGCAAAAGAAAGUUGAAGAUCUCUUGGAUCAGCGGCACUGUCUCGGUGAAGCUUUGCAUAAAUCUAUCAGCAAUAUAUCCCUGCUAAAGCAGAAUCUGGAAAUGCAGCUUUCCCAGUCUCAGACCUCAAUGCAGCAGCUGCAGGCACAAUUUAGUCAGGAACGACAGAGGCUGGCCCAUGAAAUUGAAGAGUUGGAAGUGGAGCAUCAGCACAGGCAUACAUCUAUGAAAGAAGCUCAUAUGCUUGCAUUUCAGAACCUGGAAGAAACAAAAGAACAAGAACAAAAGGAACUGGAGGCACAUUUACAAGAAAAGCAUUCAGAAGAACUUCAGGCACUGAAAGAAGCCCACAGACAAUCUAUGGAUGCUUUCAAACUGGAAAUGGAACAGGAACUACAGACUCUUCGUUUUGAACUGGAAGAUGAAGGAAAAGCUAUGCUUGCAUCUUUGCGGUCAGAAUUAAAUCAUCAGCAUGCAGCAGCAAUUGAUCAACUAAGACAUAAUCAUCAACAAGAACUAUCAACUGCAAAAAUGGAACUGGAAAGAAGCAUAGAUCUCAGUAGGCACCAGGAAAAGGAGUUUGUGUGUCGGAUAUCAGAUCUCCAGGAUGAACUGAGGCAUCGAGAUCAUCAUAUAUCUGGACUGGAUAAGGAAAUACUUACUUUGCAUGAGAAUAUAAGUGCACUAACUAAGGAACUGGAGUUCAAAGGAAAAGAAGUUCUCAGAAUACGAAGUGAAUCUAAUCAACAGAUUAGGCUGUAUGAACAAGAUUUAAACAAGAAACAUGAGAAAGAGCUGGAUGUCAUGACAGCAGACCACAUCAGAGAGAAACAAACCAUUCUGGCAGAUUUUAAUAAGACUCAAGAGCUGCUCAAGGAAAUUAAUUCAGCUUUGCAAGUUUCUUUAGAAGAAAUGGAAGAAAAAUAUCAAAACAGGGAAUCAAGACCAGAAGACUUGCAGCUUAUUGCUGAGUUGAAAGACCUAAUUGCUGAGAGAGAUCAACUGAUAAAGAAACUGAUUGAUGACAAAAAAUUCUAUCAGCUGGAACUAGUCAAUAGGGAGACUAACUUCAACAAAGUGUUUAAUGCAAGUCCUAAUGUUGGUGUUAUUAACCCUCUGGUGAAGCAAAAGAAGAAGAAUGAUAAAUCAGCAAACAGGUUUGUGAGUGUCCCCAAUCUAAGUGCCCUGGAAUCUAGCGGAGUGGGCAAUGGACAUGCUAAUCGUCUGGACCCUAUUCCAAAUUCACCCAUCCACGAUAUUGAGUUCAACAGCAGCAGACCACUUCCACAGCCAAUACCACCCAAAGAGCCCAAGACAGUUUUGAGGCGGCACUAACAUGCAUGUGCAUGAAUUCAUGGACUGUGAUGCUGGCCUUUCCAUUGCAAAUUAUUUCGUGCCUUGUAUUGCCCUCCAAACGGUAGGGAUUAUUUUUCUUAAUUUUAAUAGCCAAACAUUUAAUUUAAUGAAUAAUUAAAGUGCAUGUAGAAAUCACAUCAUGGAGGUUUACUUAGAAAUUAUGUUUAGGAAUGUUUGUUUUACAUUGGGUUCCUUGCUAGAAUGUGUCCCUUCUCCAUGUGCAUGUAGUCACAGUAUUUCAUUUACAUUAUGAAACAUUUAAAGUAUGUAAUUUUUCCGUUAAGGACAAGUAGUCAUUCAGCAUGUCUUUGAGAGUAUGAUGCUUGCAACAUACUUCUAACAACAAACUUGACCAGAAGAAAAGGAUGCUAAAAGAGGAUAUUCUCCCAAAAAUAUUUUCCUAUAACACUACAUUUUUUAAACAAGAGCAGCAAUCCAUUCAUUUUUCUUUUUCAAAAUAUUGUUUUUCCACCUUGUCAUGUGGCUUAGUGACUUUGUGCUGCUGGUGCUCUCCAAUGAAGUGGAUGAUCAGAGGUAGAAAAGGGGCAUUAAAAUAAAUCAUGCUAUUCAGAUGUAAUACAUUAAUUCUAAAGGUAAAUGAUGUGCUUCACUGUGAACUGGCAUCACUGUGCUUUUUCUAGGCGUUUUGCUGGUUUCCUGUUGGUUGUGGGUUAAACCUCUCUUUUCUUUUUAUGAAUUUAGCCCUCCUCAGAAUGAAGCUUCUCCCAUGGCUUCACCAGAUCCACAGCGCCAGGAAUGGUUUGCCCGUUACUUCACGUUCUAAGAGAUUAUUUUUGUGUGUGGCACAGAGUGGUGUGGACUGUUCAUAACAGCAUGACCUUAAAAUAAACCCUUAUGUGAACAAGCUUUCCUGUAACAUGUCGAACACUGUGAAUAAGAAAGUAUUUGUCUCUGAUUUGAAAAUGCACUGUAUUUUAUGUGAUAUUUGUUGGAAUCACUUGACAUGGUAAUAUAAAUGUGCUUAAUGACACUUAUUUUUAUUUUAAAAUGAAAAAUAUUUAAACUUUGUAAUUAUUGCAUAAUAAAUUUUCGUAGAAGAAACUUAAAGUUUCCUUCUGCUUUUCCUAUAAAUACAUAUUUUCUUUGGUUCAGGACCGGCUUUCCUUUCUUGUCACCCUCCCCAAAUGCAAUCAGUUGCAUGGUUAUUGUAUACAAAAUACACUGUCAACAGUUUUUUAAAAGCAGAAUGUGGCAAGAUAUGUUUAAAUCUUUUUAUUUUUAUUUAUUUUGUAGACUUUGGAAAUUGUGUUUACUCUAAAAGUGGUGAAGAAUGCAAAAUAAAUAAGCAUAUAGUAGUAUAGCAGAUGGCUUUUAGAACUGAGUGGUUUUAAGAUCAUAGUAAAAAGAAAAAUACAUCCUUAUUUCUUGUCUGCAAUUGAUCUGCCCUCUAGGAGUUAUAAUUAAUACAUUUUAUUGUUGAAUUUUAGCUAAAUUUUGUCAUAAAUGUUUUAUAAAUACUUGAAAUGUUCUUUAGAACAUUUGAGUACUACAUUAUGUCAUGCUAUGUAAGCAAAGAAUCAUUUAUGGAAAUCUGCAUUUUAAGGACAUUAUCAUCCUUUGGGCAAAACUCAGGCUUUACAAAAAAAAAUAGUGCUAAGUCAAUUAUGCAUAAGAAAGCAUGUAAAUCGUUCAUAAGAACUCCAGCAUACUUAAUUUGCAAGGAAAGAUGUUCCUUUUUCCAUUAUAAAGUUAAGCCAGGAACCAUGUGACCUUUUUCACAGAGAAAGUCUGAUUUUUCACUCUAUUACACUUGGCUUUCAGUUGUACAAGUUCUCUCCAGAAAAGGAGUACACUGGCAAAUCUGGUUUAUAUACUUUUGUUGAAGCUGUUGUUAGUUCCAAGAUUACCACAAAUGUAAUCAAGACUGGUAAUCUCAGGGAGAAUUUUUUCUUUGUUUUAUGAAUGUACAUUAAGAUUUGAUCUUUGUAAUCUUUAAAUGUGGGAAAAGGGAGAUUGCUUGGUUAUUUUAAAUAAGAUUUUUUAUCCUUAGAUACAAAGUAUAACUCUUCAUUAUCUCAGCUGAAGUCCUGACUAUGUCUUCCCAUUAUGCAGAAGCAUAAUACUCAAGGAAAGGUACCAUUACUAGUUAAAAUAAGUUUUAUAUGUAGCAUAUGUAUAAAAGAAUAAUUUGUAUGUUUUCAUAUAAAAUAUAAAAUAUUCUAAAUCAAAAUUUUAAAAUAUAUUUCCUGUAAACUCAGCCUGAAAACUUCACUGGAAGCCGUGUUCUAAUGUUCUCCUGCAAAUCUACAGCAGUGCUUGGCAGAUACUCUGUGGUGGGUGGAUUUAACUGUAGGUAUACACAACCUUUACAUUAGAAGAAAGCCAUAUUGAAUCAAAGUCAGAUUUUUUGGCUGUUACAUGAAAUAAAACACACUCGAUAAUUUU